AUGGAACCAUCUACUAAAGAAGUUGAAGGGGCUCGAGUUUGGAGACCUCAGAUGCAUGCUCAUGGUAGGGACAUUCAUUCAAAGGAUUCUGUUAUUGACAAAGUCAACAUCACAAUUGGCUUGGCUAAGGUGUCCAUUAUUCCCCCUAAAUCGUGUAUUUUAGAGGAUCUAGACGAUGAUGCUCUUGCUCGUAGUGUUGUUCAACUUAUGGUUGUGAAGGAAGAAUUUGUUCAUAAGUUAGAGACAGUAGAGAAAUCGAAGAAAGUGGCUCGCGACGUGGAUACUUUGGGGAAAGGGCUCAACUCCUCUCUUAAAUUUGAUCUGGAAGCCCUUCGAUCCUCACUUAAGAUUGCUAUGGAUGAAGCCUAUGAUGAGGGUUUUGAGAAGGCAUAG